UUCCUUGUUUGAAUGCUGGAGGGCGGGCCCGUGAGUUCUGAGAGGGAAAUUUGUCAGUGAAGCCGAGGAUCAACUUACUGACACGCUGCUCAUCGGAUAUAAAUCUGACUAGCUUACUGACGUUCUGCUAGAAACAAAUCCGAGAACUACAGUAGAUACCACGCUAUGUCUCACAAGCAGAUUUAUUACUCGGACAAAUAUGAUGACGAAAAGUUCGAGUACAGACACGUCAUGCUGCCCAAAGACAUCGCCAAACGGGUACCGAAGACACAUCUGAUGUCCGAGACGGAGUGGCGGAAUCUGGGCGUUCAGCAGAGCCAAGGAUGGGUACAUUAUAUGAUCCAUCAGCCAGAACCUCACAUUUUGCUGUUCCGUCGGCCUCUACCCACACCGAAAUCCCAGUGACAGAAUGCAGGACGCCAUUUAAAAUGUACACUGUCAGAAGAUAAGAGACACCAGAUAACAUUGCGUCAGUUCUGUUUCUAUUCCUUUCAACUGAAUGUAGUGAAUUUACUUUCAAGUGGAACAGAGACUGUAUUCUGUUGAUCAGGAAUUCCUGUCUCAAAAUUCUUAAACUAAUUGUUCUAUAAUUGUUGGCAUAUAAAGCAUUUUCAGCAGUGGCAAGGCACAGAAAGUUUGUGUAAAACAGAUUUUAGGAGCUCUAACCUGAAGAAAGCAAUGUCAGUCAUAAAAUAAGUUUUGCAGAACAGUCAACAUCCUUUAGUCUUGCAAUUCCUUUUCUUAUCUUAUUGCAGCUGUUUAAUUCAAGCAUAACAGGAUGAACAUUUAAUCACUUUCAGGCCUCUGUCUUUUCCAUUUUCAUCCACAUACCUUACACAUCUUUAUCUUUCAGUUUCUUGUGACAUUAUGAAACUCUAUGUACUUUUUUUUACUGUGAACAUUACUCACCUGCUCAAUAUUUAUGUCUUUUUUAAAUAAACAUUUUGAAGUUAA